AUCUCUCUUUCUCGUCGACCCUAUCUCUGUAUCGUCCCUCUCUCUCUCUCAUCGUUUCUCUCCGCCGUCGUCUUCUCCGUCUCCUCUAUCCGCCGCCAGCUCUCCGCCAUUUUCAGUCGUGCUUCAGCAGGUGGAGGUCGCGCCGCCUCCAUAUCCUCCAUUUGCAGUCGCCUCAGCAGCAGCGUUCCCCUUUGACUCCAGGUAAAUUUUUUGAACAAAUUAAUUCUUUGAAAAUAAGUUAGUUCUAGUGUUAACAUUUUUCUUGAGGGUAGAAAGACAAGUGGGAUUGGGAUUUUCUUGGUUGUUGAAGGGACGAAGAAACAGAAUGGUUCCAUCUUUGUGUGUUACAAGUUUAGUUUCGGAUGGUUCAUCAAUUGGUGAAAAUCAGAAAAAUACUUGUCUUCAUUAAUACUUAUCAAAUAAAAUGAGGAAUCGAGCAUGAAUUGAUGAUAUUAGAAUAUGAGUUAAGGUAAUUUUUGAUAGAUUUGAACCUUAGAUUCAUGUUUUGUGUUGAAUCUUAAAACGAGUCAAGCAAGGGUUUAGACUUAUGGAAUGCAAUGGUAGAUGACUAGUAUUAUGUUGUACUUCUCCUUCCCGCUCUGCAAAGCAUGCUUCUGAAGUUUUUCAGUUAGGAGGCUUUAAGUACUUUGGCGGUUGAAGGAUCAUGUUUUUUUUAAUUAAGUACUUGUCGUUGUGACAAGCAAACUUCCUUUUAAAUGAUAUUUUUUCCUCCAAGUUCAAAUUUAAUAACUUUCUUUUAAGCAUCUUAAGUUUAUGACAAUCCUUUAAUGAAGUGCUCUUUUCCUCCCAUAUUCAACCUAUCAAUUAGACACAUCUCCAUGUGACUCAUAUAAUGAUCUAGUCAAAAUUUUCUCUUAAUUUGGAGCUAAACAAACCAAAUUCUAUUUUAGGGAGGAGGUCGUACUAAACUGUGGUGCAUUUGGGCAAAGUACAUUCUACUUCCACUUAGUCGGGGAAAAUUUUUCCCUACUGAAAGUUGUUGGUAUUCUUGAAGGACUGGGUAUAUAUGUUUCAUUACAUCUACUGAUAUAAAAGAAGUAAUAUACCGCAUUUCCCUUGGAAGCGUUGGAAGCAUGUUUAUUCCUAAUUCAUGUUUCCUGGAUUUAUAAAGUUGUAGUAUCUACCAUGUCAUUAUGAAUUUGGUAUUAGAACAUGAAUAUCGAAAAUUUGUGAGGGGUCGUCAUCUUAUUUGGGGAGGUUGUAUUGAUGGUUGAAAGCUUUGUUUAUUUGUUAUGCUUGGAAGUAAAGAACUUGAUAUUAACCUGCAUCAUGCACCACUUUUUUGUUUCUUCUGUUGCAAUGUCCAAACUUCUUGGUGCAAUUGUCUUUUUCCUUGUUCUUUUUUGUAAUUGCAAGGAAUAUUUGGUUCUUCCUGAUGAUCUCUUUGUUUAGGUUUGACUUUGAUGCAUCUUGAGAGAGUCAUGCCUUGACUUUCUGUCACUAUAAUUGCAGGUGCAUUCAUAUUUCUGAAUAGCGCUGGCACCAUAAGUUUUUAAUGGUGGAAGAAGAUUUUCUGAUUUUAGAUUUUUCAUUUAAGAGACAUUUUUACUUGUAUGUUGACUUGUGAAAAGUUUGAAUAAGAAAGACAGUAAUUCAGCAAAAAAAAUAAUACUUAUCAAAUAAAAUACUUGUCUUCAUUAAUACUUAUCAAAUAAAAUAAUUUAUGCUUUGAUUGUAGAAAAAAUGUGCUUGGCGUUCGGAACAUGAAGCGAAAAUUUGUGCAAACUUUCACAAGAAAGCUACGCAUACUCUUGCUAGUUUGUUUAAUAAAGCUCGUAGAGAUAAUAACAAACCUAGCUGGGUUCUACCGGAGGAUUGGACAAAAUUACUCGUGCAUUGGAAAUAUGAUCCAAGAUUUAAGCAGAUGAGUGAGAUCGGUAAAAAGGCAAGAUCAUCUACUAAGGGUGGUUCUCUACACACAAGUGGGGCUCAAAGUCAAGGAAGUGUGAGGAGGAAAUUGGAAAAGGAACUAGGAAGACCGAUAACUCAAGCUGAGGCAUUUAAGGCAACACACAUUAGAAAGAAGAAAAAUCCUGAAGAUCCAGACGUGUGGGUUGAACCGCGAGCUGAAGUGACCUAUAAUCGAUAUCUUCAAGCUUUGGAGAAUUUACAACAAACUCUAUCGGAAGAAAAUCGAGGUAUGCCACUUACUCAAGAACAGGAUGAGAGAGUUUGGUAAGACUUGAUUUGUGGGCCGAGUAGAUAUGGGUAUGCAUAUGGAAUGCCGCAUAAAACCUUUCGUGAAUUUUCUUCUGAGUUUGAAGGCCUAAAUAGUUCAAAUCAUGAUAAAUCAAUGAAGAAAAAUUUGGCUAUGGAGAAAAAGAUUGUUGAGCUAUCUAGCCAAGUUGAAGAAUCACGGGCUAGGGAAAGGCGGUUGAAAUUACAGUUUGCGGGUCUUAAGGAUCAAUUUGAUGCAUUACUUACUUCAGGAGGGAUUCCCCCUUGUUCUGGUGAUGUCACUUUCCCUCCUCGACCUCCUCAAUCUCAAUCUACUCAAUAUCCAAUUUAUGGUCAACAAAAAAAUAUGACCCAUGAGAGUAGUAGUGAUGAAGAAAGUGAUGAUUAUGUGGCAAACACACUAUCACAUUAGUGAAGUUUAGACUUGUGAUAGUUAACUUAUGGAUCAUUUUGUUAACUUUAUAAUUUUGUGAUGGUAAUUAUUUGUUUUGUGAAUAGAUGAUAACGUUGGAAUGUAUUAUAUAACUUAUGGAUAUCAUGAUUUUUGUUUAAUAUAUAAUUAUGUUGAAGUGAGUUGCAAUUGAGUUGAUAAGAGAAUAUUUAGUAAAUGCAUUGCUUCAAUUGAGUUUUUGAAGCUCUUUGAGUUUGAUUUGGGUACUGAAUUAAAAUGACAGGUGAUGAGAAGCCGCAGAAAUAAUAAUUUUCUGCCAGUUUUUUUCCAGAAAAAGAG